AUGGCGUCCAACAUGGACCGAGAAAUGAUCCUGGCUGAUUUCCAGGCAUGUACUGGUAUUGAAAAUAUUGAUGAAGCUAUAACAUUGCUUGAACAAAAUAACUGGGAUUUAGUGGCAGCUAUAAAUGGUGUAAUACCACAAGAAAAUGGCAUUCUACACAGUGAGUAUGGUGGAGAGACUCUACACGGGCCAGCGUAUGGCCCCGCCGCUCAUUCGGCAGCAGCUUCUUCCACUCCUUCCUCAUCCUCAGCGUUCCGCCACGUAGUGCCAUCCAGACAGAUAGUGGAAAGGCAGCCUCGAAUGCUCGACUUCAGGGUUGAGUACAGAGACAGAAAUGUGGAUGUAGUACUCGAAGACAGCUCCACAGUUGGAGAUAUCAAACAUAUUCUAGAAAAUGAACUUCAGAUUCCUGCAUCUAAAAUGCUGUUAAAGGGGUGGAAGACUGGAGAUGUAGAUGAUAGUACUGUUUUAAAAACUCUACACUUGCCAAAAAAUAAUAGUCUUUAUGUUCUAACACCUGACCUGCCUCUUCCUUCUUCAAGUCAUUCUGGGGCCCUGCAGGAGUCAUUAAAUCAAAACUUCAUGCUGAUUGUCACCCAUCGAGAAGUCCAGCGGGAGUACAACCUCAACUUCUCAGGAAGCAGUACCAUUCAGGAGGUUAAGCGGAAUGUCUAUGACCUAACUAGUAUCCCUGUCCGUCACCAGUUGUGGGAAGGCUGGCCUCCUUCUGCCACAGAUGACUCAAUGACUCUGGCUGUAUCAGGACUGGCUUUUCCUUGCCAUCGACUUACAGUUGGGAGAAGGUCUUCACCUGUGCAAACGAGGGAACAGUCAGAGGAGCAGUGCACUGAUGUUCAUAUGGUUAGUGACAGUGAUGGAGAUGACUUUGAAGAUGCUACAGAGUUUGGAGUUGAUGAUGGAGAAAUGUUUGGAGUAGCAUUACCUGCCUUGAGGAAAUCACCAAUGAUGCCAGAAAAUGCUGAAAAUGAAGGAGAUGCCUUAUUACAAUUUACAGCAGAGUUUUCUUCAAGAUAUGGUGACUGCCAUCCUGUGUAUUUUAUUGGCUCAUUAGAGGCUGCUUUUCAAGAAGCCUUCUAUGGGAAAGCUAGAGAUAGAAAGCUUCUUGCUAUCUACCUCCACCAUGAUGAAAGUGUACUAACCAACGUCUUCUGCUCACAAAUGCUCUGUGCUGAAUCUAUUGUCUCCUAUCUGAGUCAGAACUUCAUCACCUGGGCAUGGGACAUGACGAAAGAAGCCAACAGAGCAAGGUUUCUGACGAUGUGCACUAGACACUUCGGGAGUGUUGUAGCCCAAACAAUCCGAACUCAGAAGACAGACCAGUUCCCACUUUUCCUUAUUAUUAUGGGAAAACGAUCAUCAAAUGAAGUAUUGAAUGUAAUACAAGGUAACACAACAGUGGAUGAGCUAAUGAUGAGGCUGAUGGCUGCAAUGGAGAUCUUCAGUGCCCAGCAGCAGGAAGACAUAAAGGAUGAGGAUGAACGUGAAGCCAGAGAAAAUGUGAAGAGAGAGCAGGAUGAAGCGUAUCGCCUGUCGCUGGAGGCUGACAGAGCCAAGAGGGAAGCACAAGAGAGAGAAAUGGCAGAGCAGUUUCGCUUGGAACAGAUCCGGAAAGAGCAGGAGGAAGAACGUGAGGCUAUCAGGCUCUCCCUGGAGCAGUCUUUGCCUCCUGAACCCAAAGAGGAGAGCACUGAGUCUGUCAGUAAGCUGCGCAUCCGGACGCCCAGCGGGGAAUUCUUUGAGCGACGUUUCCUGGCCAGCAGCAAGCUGCAGGUUGUCUUUGAUUUUGUAGCUUCCAAGGGAUAUCCUUGGGAGGAGUACAAGCUGCUGGGCACCUUUCCGAGGAGAGAUGUGACCCAGCUCGAUCCAAAUAAAUCGUUACUGGAGGUAAAACUAUAUCCUCAAGAAACCCUUUUCCUAGAGGCAAAAGAAUAG